GCCGCCGCGCACGGCCACCAAUGCGGGGAAUAGCGGCGGGCAGGCAGCGGCUCCGCGGCAGCGGGGAGGGCAGGUGAACUCCGGGGAAGGAUGACCGGCGUGGCCGCGAUCGUCUUUUUCUUGCAGCUCUUGCUCAGGGCGGACGGACAGGUCUUCCCAGGUGGUUGCUCAUUUGAUGAGCACUACAGUAACUGUGGUUACAGCGUCGCCUUGGGAACCAAUGGAUUUACCUGGGAGCAGAUCAACACCUGGGAAAAGCCAACAAUGGAUCCUGCUGUCCCAACUGGCUCCUUCAUGAUGGUAAACAGCUCUGGGAGAGCAUCAGGGCAGAAAGCUCACCUGCUGCUGCCCACUCUGAAGGAGAAUGACACCCACUGCAUCGACUUCCACUAUUACCUGUCCAGCCGCGACCGCUCCAGCCCCGGCUCCCUCAACGUCUACGUCAAGGUCAACGGGGGCCCCCAGGGCAACCCCAUCUGGAACGUGUCAGGAGUGGUGACUGAAGGCUGGGUGAAGGCAGAGCUGGCCAUCAGCACCUUCUGGCCACAUUUCUAUCAGGUGAUAUUUGAAUCUGUCUCUUUGAAAGGACACCCUGGGUACAUAGCUGUGGAUGAAGUCAGAGUCCUCGCCCAUCCCUGCAGAAAAGCCCCCCAUUUCCUGCGGCUGCAGAACGUGGAGGUGAACGUGGGGCAGAACGCCACCUUCCAGUGCAUCGCCGGGGGGAAGUGGUCACAGCACGACAAGCUCUGGCUCCAGCAGUGGAACGGGAGGGACACAGCCCUGAUGGUCACUCGAGUGGUCAACCACAGGCGUUUCUCAGCCACGGUCAGCGUGGCCGACACGUCGCAGCGCAGCAUCAGCAAGUACCGCUGCGUCAUCCGCUCCGACGGCGGCUCCGGCGUCUCCAACUACGCCGAGCUCAUCGUCAAAGAGCCUCCCACCCCGAUCGCGCCCCCGGAGCUGCUGGCCGUGGGAGCCACGUACCUGUGGAUCAAGCCCAACGCCAACUCCAUCAUCGGGGACGGGCCCAUCAUCCUCAAGGAGGUGGAGUACAGGACCACCACGGGCAACUGGGCAGAGACCCACAUCGUGGACUCCCCCAACUACAAGCUGUGGCACCUGGACCCCGACGUGGAGUACGAGAUCCGCGUGCUGCUGACGCGCCCCGGGGAAGGGGGCACCGGGCCCCCCGGGCCCCCCCUGACCACCAGGACCAAGUGUGCAGGGGGAAGGAGGGUGAAAUGGCUGUACCUGCCACUGGUGACGCUGCAAAUGGCAUCGAUGUACACAUGUAGGGGGUAUUAA